AUGGCUUUAACAGCUGCAGAAAAGAUGAGAAGGAGAAGACAAAAACUUAAAGAUGAAGGGAAGUAUGAAGAAUAUAAGGAGAAGCACCGAGAGACUGCAAAAAAAAGUCGUGCAGAAAAGAAAAAUGAACUUGAGCACAUGACUAAAACAGAAAGAGAAAAGGUGAAAAGGCAGCAAAGAAAGAGGUCCAGAGAGAGUGUUGCUAAAUCUCGGUUAAAGAAAAAGGAGAAGAAAGCUACAAUUCAGUCCAAACAAUUUCCAUACAAGUCACCAUGCUCAUUGGGAAAAGCGAUUGCUCGCACCAAACGCGCAUUGGCAAAGUCACCACGCAAGAAGCAAGCAGUUUUAAAAAACCUCAUUGAAAACAUUGUUCCAAGUCAUGAACGCAACAGUCUACUUCAGAACAAUAGAGGGAAAGAUCGUAUAACUAUGGAAACUGUUCAGAUGGUUCAGAACUUUUUCGAAAGAGAUGACAUCAGUCGGCAAGCUCCAAGAAUGAAAGACGUCACCAUUGUAAAAGAUAGUGAUGGCAAGCAUAAAAAAACAAAUUAG